CGAGGGAGCUGGAACAGAAAGCCUUGCUCGGCGUUCUUCCAUCAACUCUUGCUUCGGAAUGUCUUCUGGUAAUCAAACGCACGUUUGUCAUCUCGACCAACUCUGACAGGGGUUUUCGAACGUCAUGGGAAACAAGCUGCACAUGUGAAAGCUAAUAUUGUUGGAGGCAGCGGCUGGGUAUCUGAUCGCUGCCUCCUCUUUUAUACUUUUUCAGCGAGGAAGAUAGGCUUCUCUUCGACGGAACUUCGAGACUGGAACGAAGAUAUCCUGUGCUUCAUCCCCAUUAGAAGCAUAUAGGACGCCUCUUCCUAUUUCACGGCCGAUUCAAUUGGUGACAUAAACUCAUUCAGAUAGGGAGCUUGGGUAGUAUUCUGCGCCACCAAUAUGGCCUCUAUUUCCGAUGCAAUUCUCCAACGCAAGCUCGAUCUCAUAACUAGAAGGUUAACUGAAGUGGAUGGUUUGGAAUUGGUGAAAUCUAUCCUAGCAGAAGGCCGGAGUCCGAAGACAUUCUGGGCGACCGCGCCGACUGGAAAACCACAUAUCGCUUACUUUGUCCCAAUCACAAAAUUUGCGGACUUUGCGAGGGCGGGAGUUGAUGUCACGGUGCUCAUCUGCGAUCUGUACGCGUUCUUGAUCAACUUCAAAUAUCCAUAUGAAUUGGUUCGACUCCGGGCACAAUGGUAUCGCUUUAUGAUCAGCGCCGUGUUGGACGUGCUGGGAGUACCACGAUCUAAAAUACGUUUUGUCGAAGGGUCAUCCUAUGAGCUGUCGCCAAAGUUCACGUUGGAGCUCUAUAAGCUCACAGCGUUGACUGAACAGGCCGACUUGAGGGCCAUCGGAGAUGAACUUCACGACACAUCAAAGCUGAGUCCUCUGCUCACGCCCGGAAUAACGGCGCUGGCGGAGGAGUAUCUCAAUAUUGAUUUCCAGUUCGGCGGCGAGGACCAGCGUGGUUUAUUCCGCUUCAAUAAACAGUCCUUAUCCCAGAUGGGAUAUCGUACUCGGGGAUUUAUGAUGAACCCAAUGGUUCCUGGUCUUUCCGGCCCCAAGAUGUCUUCCUCAAUUCCGGACUCGAAAAUCGAGUUUCUGGACCCGCCCGAAGAAGUCAGCCGCAAGAUAGCAAUCGCAUCUUGCAACGAAGGGGAUAUUAUUGAGAACGGUGUCCUUGCUCUCUUGCGAUUUGCCUUGAUCCCAGUCAGCGAGUUGCGCUGGGAGACGAGAGAGACCCGCCAUGAGAAGGUGGCCCAGACGAAUGACAUUGGUUUUCCCAGCAAUGGCUUUUCUUCGAAUGGGAUUGACCUGAAUGGUUCGGGUUUCCAUGAUAUUCAUGUCAAUGGUCAUCACGCCAACGACAUCGAGACAAACGGAUCCAACGUCAAACACGUGAAUGCUGAAAGGGAUAUUAAUGGAUUUGGUAUCCUCUACGGGCUACCGCUGAGACCAUUUUGCAGUAAAGAUGCUCCCGAAGGCACGGUCUUUACCGUCUCCGUUGGCGAGAAUACUGGCGAUGAGCCGAGUCAAUUGAAGCACUACGGAUGUUAUCAGCACAUUGAAGAUGACUUCGCUCAGGGCAUUAUCAAGCCAGCAAAUCUGCGAAGGGCGGUCGCUGCUGCAGUCAAUGAUCUGAUUGCACCAUUGCGACGGUCUUUUGAGGAAAACAAGGAAUGGCAGAAAGUUGAUCGGUUCGGGUACCCUGAGGAGUACGCUGCCAGGAAAUAGCGAUGCAGAAUUGAGGAGUCGUUUCAUUUGCGCAACAUCAGUCAUGCUCAGCGGAAGUGCACAUUUUGUUUUAGUCAGUC